UCCCCCUCUACCUGCUCCGGCUUCACUCAGAUCCCAGAUCGAGGUUCAGGCCACGCUGUCGUGUCUUUGUCUCUGUGAAGGCGCUAAAAUGGCUUCGCAGUCUUUUAGUGAUGAUGAGAAAAACCCCCAGGACGAGGUGCCUGGAGGGCCAAAGGAUGAGGACUCUGCCCUAGCUCCUGGCUACAGCCCCGGGACCGGCAAUGAAGAUCCUGUUUCCUGGGUCUUCACAACUUCGGUUAGUACACCUCUGUCAGGCGGUGUCCUGAGAGGCAGCUCGGCGGGUUCUCAGGGUUCUGUCGCCAUUUUGUCAGGUGAAGACCCGGCACCUAAUACCGAGACCCGCGUGCUCGAGGAGCACAGCUCGUAUGUCCAGGGUGACCGCAUCCCUGAUUUACGCUUUAGCCAUGGAGGCUCCCACUCAGGCAGCCAGUCUGAGGUGGAGCAGGCCUCAAAAGACACCGACCUGCCCGCUGGGCUUUCGGCCCAGAAGAAGGGCCGUAGGCGCAAGUAUUCUGGGAAGCGGCCUGGCGGCAAACAGGCUAAACUGGCUGCCGCAUCUCCCGAGCGCCCUCAGCUUCCUGGGGCCGACGCGCCGCAGGCACCCAUGCCUCUGCCGCCAUCUUCGGCGAGGUCUCAGGCCUCCGUCGGCCACCAUUCUGAGGUUUCUCCGCGGAGCCAGGAAGCUCGUCCUGGUGCUGCCCUCCGCAGCCAGGCCGUCCAGGCAGGCCCUAGUAGCCACAGUGGUACUGCCUCGACAGAUAGAGCUCAGCGCCUUACAUACGCUUCAGGUCUUGGACUCUGCAGCAGUGCAACCGGACCUGGCCCUGCUCAGGGCAGCGGCGACACCCCGCCAGGCCCUGUUCACGGCGAAGCAUCCGGGCCUGGCCCUACUCAGCGCAGCCCCUGCAGCGAAUCCCAGCCUGGACCUGCUCAGCGCACCCGAGCCACACCACCAGUUCCUGUUCGCGGCAACGCAUCCCAGCCUGGUCCUGCUCCACGCAGCCGCACCACACCGCCAGGCCCUGUUCUCCGCAGCAGUGAGUCCGGAUCUGGACCUGAUGGCCGCCGCCGCCGCUCCGCCCCGCCAUGCCAUGUUGUCCGAAGCCCCUCUCUGCAGAGCUCUCUGCCUGUGUCGGGUGGGAGGGAUCCUUAUCCUGCUCUUCAGAGCUCCUCUGUUUUUCCUGUUCGUGAGGCCCAAAGCCCGCCCUCCCGGCCUAUUGGUCGUGCACUCCGUAUGCGUGCCUCUUCACCCUCACCUCCUGGCAGGUAUUUUUCUUUACGUAUGCUCUUUGGUGAGGACUUCUCCUCCUCCUCCUCGGCUUCGGCUUACUCUUCCUCCUCCUCGGCUUCGGCUUGCUCUUCCUCCUCCUCCUCUAUGUCUGUGAGCCAAAGCCCCUCCUCUUCCUUUGCUGAGUUUUCUGGCCAGCGUUCCUCUUCCUCUCCUCCUAGGCGCUUUGGCCUGAGGUCUAUCCGCACUCCUAGCCCUGAUAGUCUUAGGCGUGCCUUGAUGCCUGAGCUCGAUGCCCUGAGCGCUGCCAUUUCAGGAGAGCAGGAGGAAAUAAGGGGCUCUCCUCCUUCCCCUGCAUCGUCUGUAGUGUGAACCUUUCUGUGAUGAGUAUUCUCCAGGACACACAGAAAGAAUGAUUCUUUAUCCGCUGGUUGCGUGAAUGGUUAUUUUGUGCUUACUUGUGAGGUUUUCAAGAGUUCUAACCGUUAUUUUAUGAAGCCUCCCCUCCCUGUGACUGCUGUGCAGCACAUACCUGUUGUCCCUUGAUUCCAGUCCCUUCUUCCUCAAAUAAGCCUAAUUUUGCCCCCUGGUUUAAGAGUUCAGUUUUCUAAGUUGGUUUUAUGUAAUGAAAUAUCUUUUAAUAAAACUGUUGGUAUCCUCUAAAAAUAAUAUUUGUGUUUUUAAAAAAUCUAUGUCAUAUUUGGAAGAUUAAAGAGUUACUAGAAUAAAAGUACUCCCACUGUUGGAAAUGGAGUUCUACCCAGGAACUUCCCACUUAAGACACUGUGUACUCUCUUAACAUAAGUGAUUUGCAACUGGGAGAAGAAAAGUUGACAAAAUUUAGCUCAAGGUGGCAGGAAAAAGGAGAGGUAAUGGUAAUUUCCAGAGUCGGAAAAGAUGAGCCACAUAAUAAGCGUGGUGGUAAGGAAGAGGCAGGGUGAGGUUGAAUGGGCCAUAACCCAAAUGGGAAUAGGGAGGAUUGGAGGAGGACCCAGGACCAGUAAAGGAGGAGCAGCAAGGAUGAAGAGACUGAGGGCAAAAGGUCUCAGUUUCUACGGAGAGCAACUGGAGUUCCUGAGUUCAGGGUUGAGACAAGUCUUAGGAGGGCAAUUCAAGUUGAUGAUUGAUUAGAAACUGGUCAAAUGGUUAAAUAUUGAAGGAUAAUCCCAUUAUAAAAAGAGACAGCUGAGCUUGUGAGUGGGGCCCAUUAUUUUAGCAUGCAAUCACUAUAGAACUUACUAAUGAAACCAGCUUUCAUGAUGCAUGCCUGUAAUUCUAGCACUGGGUGGCUAAGGCAGGAGGAUUAUGAGUUUGAGUGCCACAUAAGCAAUUUAGUGAGAUACUGCCUCAAAGGAAUGGAGGUCUAGUUCAGUGCAAAGGCCCUAGGUUCAAUCCCCAGUACCACUCCCCAAAAAUUAUUUUACAU